ACUGCUCAGCUCCGAGCCAAAGUCAUGAGGCAUCUUCUGGUGAUGGUUUCAGCGUUUGCUGUGCUUGCCACAUCCGUGUCACUGGACACUGUCGAAGAGAGCUGCUCAGGGAGUUGUCCCGAGGAAACUCUUUAUGACUGCAGACAGAAUAUGGCCACCAGGAGGUACUACAAAUUCAGCCAUCCAUGUCGUUCAUGGCAGUGCGAGUGCAAAACUGGGACACAUUUCAACUCGGUGGAUCUUCGUCACUGCAACGAUCUUACGGUAGACUACUGUCCAUCUGGAGAGGUGCUGCUCCAGGGAAAUUCUAAGAACGGUAGUGAAAGCGCAGAACCUCGUCUCCUAUACCCGCAGUGAGCUUCCAGUGCACCACUUAUUCAAAUCACUUCAUACACUACUUUCAAGUGGCUCUCCACGACACAUUUACCAAAAAAGUGAAACUCUUGUCAUAUGAAAUGGAAACCAACCUGCAGGUUAUCCACAUCUUUCCAAUUACAUCAAUAAAUAUUUAAGAGUAUGUGAAAAUUUCAAAAGCUUUGUAAUUAACAGCGUGUGUAGUUGAGAUGAUGUCAGUGAUCAGUCUAGUACUGCAAAGCUUACCAAAAACGUUGUGAUUCAUUCUCUACAAACACAGAAGGUGCAUGUGACACGUUUCACUAUACUACAACCAAAACUUUGGACAAAUAAUUUCACACAUGUUCUCUCUGAAUAUAUGUCAUGCAACUUAUACUACAUGAGGGUCUAAAAUAAAGAAUUAUUUGUAAACUUGUUUGACACAGAAACCAAUCAGAUGUUCUUAUUGGUCUGCGCCAAGACGGAUCCAAAAUAUAUAGUAAACAUACGUCAUUGUGGACGUGUUCUUCACAGAAAAGAGGUUUUGGUACCUAACAGCUUCUGUUGUUGUGAGGUUGUUUGUGCUCGGUCUGAUACUGCUGUGCUAGCUAAGACGCAGUGAUCCAUUUUCUACAAUCAGUGGAGAGGCAUUAAGUACGUUUCAGUACUUUACACACUGAUCUCUGCAAUGUUAAUUUGAAAAAGGUCAAAAAAUUUUAGUGUAGCUUGUGCUUUUUAAAGAUACACAAUAAGAAUAUUUCUAUACAUUUAGCCACCACAAUAAAAUAGUCAUGAGUUCUUACUGGCCUCGGUACCACAGAUGUACCAAGUGGGAAUAAUAAAUCUUUGUGGAUACAUUCCUCUGAAAAAAAGGUGCUGUUGAGGGAAUCUCCUCUUAAUAGCUUCUACCCCUAUUGAUCAUUAUGAUUGUGUAAUAUUUAGAUCUGUAAAUUAUGAAAACUGCAAGCUGUCUACAUUAAUAAAUAAGUUUCAGUUUGAAAGAUGCUUUCACUAAUUAGGAAGAAUAUCUACAAACUGAAUGAAUGUGAUUUCACAGAACUUACAAGUGGACUUUGUCUUCUAUGUAACCAAAGGCCACACAGAGAAUGCUAAUAGUACUUCCCAUAGCAUUAAAGAACUCCAUCAUGUUUCAAAAUUUAGUAGAAGAUACUGUUUCACUUACAUUUUUAUCAGCUGAUAGGGAUGCUCUAUUGAAACUAGCAUAGUACAGUGAGAUUUCUUGUGUCACUCUUCUUUAUGUUCCCUUAUGUUUAAUGUGUUCAUAAACAGUAGCGCUGCCUUGAAAGAUAGUUCCUUUCAGAUUACGCUGGUACUAUAGCUCCCUACUUAGCACUCAUAUACAACCGCUCGAUCACCGAUAGAUCUGUACCUACAGAUUGGAAAAUUGCGCAGGUCGCACCAGUGUUUAAGAAGGGUAGUAGGAGUAAUCCAUUUAACUACAGACCUAUAUCAUUGACGUCGGUUUGCAGUAGGGUUUUGGAGCAUAUACUGUAUUCAAACAUUUUGAAUCACCUCGAAGGGAACGAUCUAUUGACACGUAAUCAGCAUGGCUUCAGAAAACAUCGCUCUUGUGCAACGCAGCUAGCUCUUUAUCCGCACGAAGUAAUGGCCGCUAUCGACAGGGGAUCUCAAGUUGAUUCCGUACUUCUAGAUUUCCGGAAAGCUUU